AGAGUGGGGGUGAUGGAAGUGAUGAGAGGUCACUGUCCACAGCAACACAGAGCCUUUAACUUAACUUUGACCAACUAGACACAGCCUUGUUUUUGAAUUAUAAAGGGUCUAGCACUGUGAGGGUGAUUUUCGAGAGCAGGGUUUUCGUGUAUGUGCCUGGUUUUCGCAUCUAUCGGAUAUACAGUCAUGGGGAACGCAGCAGGAAGCGCGGAGGGACCCCACGCAAAGGAGGGCAAGACGGUGUUGGCCCCUCCAGGCUCCGCGGUCCCCCAGAAACAAACCGCGGGGCUGAAGCUCCCCGUGCCACCUGAAGACGAGCUGGAGGAGCGCUUCAGUGCGGUGCUGAACACGAUGAACCUUCCUCCAGACAAGGUGAAGAUCCUCAGUCAGUAUGACAGCGAGAAAAAGUGGGACCUGAUCUGCGACCAGGAGCGGUUUCAAGUGAAGAAUCCACCAUCUGCAUAUUUGGAGAAGCUGAAGAGUUAUCUAGAUCACGGAGGAGUCAGUCGAAAGUUUAAGAGACGUGUCCAGGAGUCCACUCAGAUCCUGAGAGAGCUGGAGAUUUCCCUGAGGACCAACCAUAUUGGCUGGGCUCAGGAGUUCCUAAACGAGGAAAACCAAGGCUUAGAUGUUCUUGUGGACUAUCUGUCCUUUGCCCAUAGCGCUGUCACGUAUGACGCAGACGCCUUGGACAAUGGCCCGGCGCCCGCAGACAAAGGCAAGAACACGGACAAGUCAGCGGAAGACCUGAGCAGAAGUGCCGGCGACUCCCCCUCUCACAGCGCCUCGAAGGCCAGCAAGGCCUUCCCAGUCAGAUUCAACUCUCCCCAAAACAGGAAAGUCGCGAGGAACUCGCGUGCUGUGAGCCAGAAAGAUGACGUUCACCUCUGCAUCAUGUGUUUACGUGCCAUCAUGAACUAUCAGUCUGGGUUCAACCUGGUGAUGAAUCACCCCUGCUGUGUCAAUGAGAUCACACUCAGCCUCAACAACGGAAACCCAAGGACUAAGGCGCUGGUGCUGGAGCUGCUGGCUGCUGUGUGUUUGGUAAGAGGAGGCCAUGACAUUAUUCUCUCCGCCUUCGACAACUUCAAAGAGGUUUGUGCAGAGAGAAGCCGAUUUGAGAAGCUCAUGGAGUUUUUCCGCAGCGAAGACACCAACAUCGACUUCAUGGUGGCCUGUAUGCAGUUCAUCAACAUCGUGGUCCACUCAGUGGAAAACAUGAACUUCAGAGUCCACCUUCAGUACGAGUUCACUCGACAUGGGCUGGAUGACUACCUGGAGAGGUUGAAGUUCACAGAGAGUGACAGACUGUUGGUGCAGAUUCAGGCCUAUCUGGACAAUGUGUUUGAUGUGGGAGCUCUGCUGGAGGAUGCAGAGACUAAGAACGCUCUGCUGGAACACAUGGAGGAACUGCAGGAACACAACACACAGUUGAGCAGCAGGCUUGAGGAGAACGAGAGGGAGGCGAUGGAGAAAGUCUCAGACAUGGAGAAAAAGCUCAUUCAGACCACCAAAGAAGUGGAGCUCCUAAAGGAGAGUCUACGUGAAUCGUUCUCCCAGGUGACUCUGCUUCAGCAGCGAGAACGAGAGAGGGAGCUUGAACGUGAGUGCGAGAGAGAGAGAGAGCGAGACAAGGACCGAUCCACCCAGGCCUUGAGGGAGCUGGAGGCCGAGGUUCAAGCUCUGGUGAAGCAGGGGCUCGUUCGAAUGGAGCGCUCCUCAUCUGGACACCUGGAUGUUCAGGUGGUCCCCGUCAUCCAGCACGUGAAUCAGAAAGCUGAAGAAGAAGCAGGUACAGGAAACGACCACGAGGCCACUCCCACCUCCUCAGACUCCCCACCUUGCCUUUCUGAGGCUUCUCUGCAGUCGGUUACGCUACAAGCUCCGCCGCCUCAACCGCCUCCUCCUCCACCGCCGCCGCCGCCACCACCACCUCCAGGCUCAACUACAGCCCCUCCUCUUCCCCCUCCCCUGCUGCCUCCUGGAGGCGGCACAACCCAGCCGUCGGGGGCUGACGGGACCUCAGGUUGUAAACAAAAGAAGACUAUUCAGACCAAAUACCGCAUGCCACUGUUCAACUGGCAGGCCCUCAAAUCCAACCAGGUGGCAGGAACUGUCUUCAACGAGCUGGACGAUGAGAAUGUCUUAGAGGAGCUAAACAUGUCUGCCUUUGAAGAGCAGUUCAAGACCAAGGCCCAGUCCACCCCUGUAGUCCCGGGGACCCUCAAGAUGAAAAUGGCCCACAGAGCCCCCAGUAAAGUGUCUCUAAUGGAGCCCAACAGGGCCAAAAACCUGGCCAUCACCCUGCGCAAGGAAGGAAUGGCUGCGUCUGAUAUCUGCUGUGCCAUUGAGACGUAUAACCAGAAAGCUCUGAGUCUCGACUUCCUCGAGCUCCUGGAGCGUUUCAUCCCCACAGAGUACGAAAUGAAGCUCAUCCACAACUAUGAGUGUGAGGGCAGGCCCCUGGAUGAGCUCAGCGAGGAGGACCGCUUCAUGGUGUGCUUCAGCAAGAUCCCGCGGCUUUCCCAGCGUAUCAGCACUCUCACCUUCAUGGGCAAUUUCCCUGAGAGCGUCCAGCUAAUACAGCCCCAACUCGAUGCCAUCAUCGCUGCGUCGAUGUCGAUCAAAUCCUCCAGCAAACUGAAGAAAAUCCUUGAGAUCAUCUUAGCAUUUGGAAACUACAUGAAUAGCAGCAAGCGAGGGGCAGCGUACGGCUUCCGCCUGCAGAGUUUAGAUUUGCUGUUAGACACCAAAUCUACAGACCGCAAACAGACGUUGCUGCACUUCAUCGUCAGCAUCAUCCAGGAGAAAUACCCGGAGGUCCAGUCCUUCCACACGGAACUGCACUUCCUCGACAAGGCGUCGCUCGUGUCUCUGGACAGUAUUCUGCAGGACGUGCGAGCUCUGGAGAGAGGCAUGGAGGUGACGGGGAAGGAGUUCUCGGUAGACAAAGAUAAUCCUGUGCUCCAGAUGUUUCUCAGCAGACACACGGAGCUGCUCGGCUCUCUCAUAGCGGACGGAAAAACCGCACAGGAUGCGUAUGACUCAGCUGUGGAGUACUUUGGAGAGAACUCUAAAUCUACUCCUCCGUCCAUGUUCUUCCCUGUUUUUGUCAGAUUCAUCAAGGCGUACAAGCAAGCAGAGCAGGAAAAUGAGCAGAAGAGGAGACAACAUGUCCUGGACUGUGACGCUCCAUCGACUCCACCUAAACCUGAACUGGAGAACAAGGUUUCUACGAUGCCCAAGCUGCCCCAGAUGGAUUUGAUCGCGGAGCUGAAGAGGAGGCAGGUGUCUCCUCUGGUGAGGGAGGGGAAGGACGGAGCCAUCGAGGACAUCAUCACAGAUUUAAGGAACCAGCCGUACAGACGGACCGACGGCAGCCGGCGCAGCGCCAAGUGGAAACCGGCACAGCAGCUGCACGUGUCCUCAGACAUCUCCCUGUGAAAAACACUGCAGACCGGACGGUACGGGCGCAAGCGGUCAGGCGUCGAACUGACCGUCUCAUGCGCGUUAGAGAAUCCAGAGGUGAAAAUCCACGUUUCACAGAGAACAACAGCAACAACAGCUGCAGCUCCAAGAGUAAAAAACAGAAACUGAAAUAUUUUGACUCAGCUCGUCCCUGCAAACGCAGCAUGAGCAACGGGAACAUUUCUGUCUCCUUAAGGCCCCUUUCUGAGUAAAGUUCACACUUAACGAUGGUAGAAAUGUUCUGCGGUUUGAGUGAGUAUUAGCCGCACUUGACGCUAAUGACACUGGAUGUCAUAUGAGCUGAUUAAGACAAUGGAAUAAUGAGCUGUUCAGCUGAGUGCUUCGCUGAUGCUGCUCAGAUAUCACGGCCUCAGCUGAAAGUGAAUCUUCGAAGGCAUUAAAAAGAAACUUUGACCGACGUACCCUCAUAAAUCACUUGCAUCGUUUUUAAAAAAAAUGCUCAAGACACGAUUUUUUUAAUGGUUUUCAUUCUAAACACAAUAUUAAUUCAUCUUUCCGUCUGUUUCUGCAGUACAGCUCAACAAUUAAGCUGAAGAUUUGUAAUAUAUUUAAAUUAUUUUUGUGAGAACGAUGAACCUGUACUUUGCUUCCGCAUUUCAACUAAUAAAGCCUUUUAU